UUUACUAAGAUGCUGUAAUUUUAGUAAUUUAUUAAAUAAAAAUGGAGAAAUAUCAAGUUUUGAUCUUCUUAUUCAUCGCUUUAGUUGCGCCGACAUCUUCAAAUUCAAAUGUUUUUGGGGGUCACUGUUCGAAACAGGACGACGAUGUUGACGCGUGCUUGUUAAAAAGUUUUAAUAACCUCAUCGAACAUCUCAAGAGUGGAGCGCCCGAACUGGACAUCGAACAGUCGGAUUCAAUAGUAAUCGACGAAUUGUCGAUCGCUCUCGGCGGCGGCCCCGAUGGCUACAAAGCAACGUUCAAAGACAUCAACGCGAGCGGUGUUGAUGACGUCACAAUAACAAAUGUCAGGUCGGAUCUAGACACGUACCAGUUCCAGCUGACGCUGUCCAUACCCCACAUCAGCACAACAGCACGAUACCGCUCCUCGGGCAUUCUGCUACUCGUACGAGCCUCUGGCGGCGGGGACUACUGGGGAGAAUAUGAGAACGUUAAAGCAAAAGUAUACUUCCGCGGCGAGCCGUAUGAGCGUAAGGGCAAGACUUACCUGAAGCUGAAACAGCUGAAACUGGACUUCUCCGUCAAGGACAUCAAAAUGGGUGUAGAGAACUUAGAAAAUAGCAACUCUGUGCUACAAGCAGCACUAAACCUGUUCAUAAAUACAAACGCUCAUGAAUUGCUGAAGGAAAUGAAGCCCCAACUGAAGAGAGACCUCGCUGAGAAAAUGUCGGGUUUCCUAAACAGAAUCCUCGAAAAAAUACCCUACGACGACUGGAUUGUAGACUAAAUAAAAUCUUCAAGAUAUCCUCUAUUCGAAUUUUCUUAAUAUAAAGCAAUUUUUGGGUUAAAAUUGUACAAACUUCACAAAUAUUAGAUUACAGUUUACGUUCAUGUAAUUGAAUUUACGAUUAAUGAUUUUAGUUAUUUUUUAAACUGAUACAAAAGAUUAAAGUAAAUUUUGUGGUAUUAGGUAUUAAAUCUUUAUUUAAGUGAAAGCAACUUACAAUUAUUGGCGGUGUGUGCGUCAUUUCCAGGGUCAAAAAAUUAAUAUAAUUAAUUCUUAUUUUACCUUUGUAAUUUGUAAUUGGUUUCUUUUUUUUUAAAACGGAGCAUAACUUAUUAAAAUAUUUAAGUUAUUUAUUUGUGACAAAUUUGAUUAGGCUUGAAAAAUUCAUCCUUUAAAUCCCAGUCUACUAUUAAUUGUAUAUUAAUUUUAAGAAAAAUAAAAGACUUUAUAAAAUCA